AUGACCAGUAAUAAUGCGGAGUCCGUGAAUGCCCUCUUUAGACACACGCGUAGGUUGCCAUUAACUGCGUUAUUGGACCAUAUCAAAGGUCUGUUACAGACUUGGUUCUACGAUCGACGGACGCUUGCCUCUUCCCGAUCAACCACAUUGUCCGACUACGCAGAAAAUAAGCUUGCUGAAUACUCGAACAAUGCCAGGAGACACGUUGUAGUGAACAUCGACCAGUUUCAUGUCCAGGUACGUGAUGGUAACCUUGACGGGAUUGUUGAUUUCAACUCUAGGGCAUGUAGUUGUCGGAAGUUUGAUUAUUUUGAAAUUCCAUGCUCUCAUGCUAUUGCCGGGGCGAUGAUGCGAAACAUAAAUCCGUACACUCUGUGUGACGAGGUAUACACGACGAACUCCUGGGUAAUGGCUUAUGCAGAACCAAUAUUUCCAAUUGGCCACGUCUCAACAUGGAACAGUUCUCCAGAUUUUGUCGAUACACCGGUAGAAGCACCAGAUAUGGUUCCUAGAGUUGGCAGGAGGCGGACAGUUAGGAUUCCUUCCACGGGCGAGGUGCACCAAACACGUAAGUGCGGUCGGUAUGGUACAUCGGGGCACAAUCGGAAAACAUGUAAUGAACCCCUUAACACAGCGUGA